GCGGGAUGAGACUGGUCAAGUGGUGAACUUGAUCAACUUCAGUCUUCAAGAUGGCCUUCAUUUGGAUAGCCGUGUUAUGUAAGCAGUCGGAGUUUGAUGCGGCCGGUCGACUGUAUGUAUGACCAAAGCUGGGCGCCGAACGAACCGAUCAAGGAAGAACCGGAAGAAACAUGGAGCCCGAGUCAUCCACUGUGCGCUCAAAUGCGCCCCAGCCCAAUCUAACCGAACGGCAGCGGAUUCUUCAAAAAGCAGAUGUGGUCGCCGGCAGGUUUUGGAGGCUGUGGCAAGACUACCACCCGGAUGUCUAUGACGAGGUGCACCAAGACCUCACGGCUAAUCAAGGCGUCGACCGAGUCAAACUGAAAAAGGAAUCGAUAGAACGUUUACACUCGAUUCUCUUACCAUUGCUAGAACGCCAAAUCAUAGAUAUUUCGAAAUUAUCAGAUCCGGUCAAAUUGAGGAGGGAACCAGAAGCGACUUUCGAGCUGAUGUUUAACAAACAAUCAGAACUCGAGCCGACUUUGAAACAAAUCCGAUCUGAAUAUUAUGUGCUCUAUCCAAAUUACACAGAUAGUCCACCUACUCACGAAAACAACGACCAAUACCUCGAAGAACUCAAAACCUUCAGAAGCCACGGCCUAUACCGACCCCUGGUAGUCGAUGCGCUGUGCAAGGCGAUAGCUGUGCUUGAUUUGUCAUUCGAGCUUCUUGGGAAAAUGGGCCUCCGCAUAGAGAAGCACGGGAUACAACCGGAAAGCAAGACCGAGGAGAUUGAUGCGACCCGAGAAGAGCUACUUAAAUAUACGGCUGCCACUCGCGAAGGAAUCAAAUCGACCCUCAAAUGGUUGAAAGGAUCCGAGUUCGAGAUCGUCCAGCAUGAUUGGCCGCAAAAGAUACGCGAUUUGGAUGAAACAUUGAUCACACUCUGGAGCCUGAUCCAUCCAACAACCAACAUCAACGAACAAAACCCAAUCAACCAAGCCGACCAGACUGCCCAGAGCAAUCCUCUCAGUGAACCCGUUCUGCAGAUGGCUGAAUUGUUAAUACCAAUCGUCAAACUCGCUCGGUUAUUCUUCAACAAAUUCUCCAGUCGGUUAAUAACCGUUCAACAGCUUCCACUCAGCAUCGGAAUGUCUUCAUAUAGUCUAGAUGAUUUCAGUGAAUCAGCUGGACAAGCGGGCACCAGUUUUCAAAAACUCAUAGAGUUAUUAAGAAAGGUAAACCAUAAUGAGGAUGGAGAGGAAGGUGUUACUAGUGUCCAGUUGACUGAAAUCGCCAGAAGCCUACAAGUCUCUUUUCAAAGUAGUUUAUUCGAUCUCUUGCUUUAUCUAGUCCCUCGAAUGCCAGAAACCGGCAGUUUUCCGUCCCAAGAUUACUUCAACAAUUGGUCUGUUACUUGGUACAAUCUGCUAUGCUUGGCCAUUCGCAAUUUCGAGGAGGCUACUGAAGUGUUACCUGAUGUACCUUAGUUUCUUCCUUUUGUCGUCCUCAUCUUUGUUGUCUUGAUCAUUGGAUAGGCAAUUCCGACGAUCUGCAAAAAACUCAGAUGCAGACUGAUAAUAUGUUCUUGUUAUAAAGAAGGUAUUCUGUAUGCAUGUAUGUCUGCUUUUUUGGUAUUGGCUUAAAUUAUAUAUUC